CUUGCUGGUUUGAAGGGGAGGCGGACUAGCGCCAUCGGCUGUGCUCCCUCAAGACUGGCUGUGCGGCGCACUGACAGAGUCAUCAUCCAAGCGCCGCCUCUACGUUUCCCUCGCUCUCUAUUUCUCUCUCUCUCUCUCUGGCGUGGAGCUUUGCUGCUGCUCCAACUCCAGAUGCCUCCGCCUCCCCGCCAGGACCAGCAGAUCGGCAACUGAAGGUGAGGUUGCCAGCAAACGCCACAUUGAAGGCAGGCCCGGAAAGGAAGCCCUCAGCGCAUCACACGACGCAGAUUCAGCACCCCCAACUUGACGCCCUUCCUGGGACUGUGACCUGCGCUCUCAGGAAGACAGCCUGCUGCCUGCGUCCGGCAGGAUGAACGAGAGUCGAAGGGAAGCGCUCGCAGCGGCGCCCCCCGCGCCCACCGCCUCCUCCUCCUCCUCCUCGGGCGGUGCCGCCAACACCACCAACAUGGCCGGCGGCCCUGGCACGGGCCAGAAGGACGAGGCCUUUUCCAAGCUGAAGGACAAGUUCAUGAACGAGCUUAACAAGAUCCCACUGCCGUCAUGGGCCAUCGUGUCUAUCGCCUUUGUGGCCAUCAUCCUCGUGCUGGCCUGCUGCUUCUGCAUUUGCAAAAAGUGGAUCUUCAAGAAGAAGAACAAAAAGAAGGGCAAAGACAAAGGCAAAAACGCCAUCAACAUGAAGGACGUGAAGGAUGGCACCAAAACCGAGGCCUUGAAGGAUGAGGAGGACGCUGAGACAGGCCUGACUGAAAUGGAGAAAGAGGCGGAGCCCAAGGAGGACCAGAAACUGGGCAAAUUACAGUACUCGCUGGAUUACAAUUUCACAGAGAACACGCUCAUCGUGGGGAUCAUCCAGGCGGCAGAGCUGCCCGCCAUGGACAUGGGCGGCACGUCCGACCCUUACGUUAAGGUCUACCUGCUGCCUGACAAGAAGAAGAAGUUUGAGACCAAGGUCCACAGGAAGACCCUCAACCCCGUCUUCAACGAGCAGUUCACCUUCAAGGUUCCCUACGUGGAGCUGGGCGGGAAGACCCUGGUGAUGACGGUGUACGACUUUGACCGCUUCUCCAAGCAUGACGCCAUCGGUGACAUCAAGGUGCCCAUGAACAAGGUGGACUUCAGCCACAUAACGGAAGAGUGGCGAGACCUGCAGAGCGCCGAGAAGGAGGAGCAAGAGAAGCUGGGUGACAUCUGCUUCUCCCUGCGCUAUGUUCCCACCGCCGGAAAGCUGACCGUUGUGGUCCUGGAGGCUAAAAACCUGAAGAAGAUGGAUGUGGGCGGCCUGUCAGAUCCAUACGUGAAGAUCCAUCUGAUGCAGAACGGCAAGAGGCUGAAGAAGAAGAAGACCACUAUCAAGAAAAACACACUCAACCCCUACUACAACGAGUCCUUCAGCUUUGAGGUCCCCUUCGAACAAAUCCAGAAGGUGCAAGUGGUGAUCACGGUUCUGGACUACGACAAGAUCGGCAAAAACGACGCCAUCGGCAAAGUCUUCGUGGGGCUGAACAGCUCAGGCACGGAGCUACGCCACUGGUCGGAUAUGCUGGCCAACCCGCGGAGACCCAUCGCCCAGUGGCACGUGCUCAAGCCCGAGGAGGAGGUGGACGCUCAGCUGUCCACCAAGAAAUAGGCAGGCCCCGCCCCCUCCACGCUCCUGCCUUGUAGUACUCUUUAGCCAGUCUGUGUAAAUACCUCAGUGAUACAUACCUGUACCUGUACGUGUUGGCCCCGCCAUCUUUUUCUAUCAGGGUCUCUCUUUGGCUUUUUCCUGUUUGCCCUCACCCCACCCCCACCCGCUCCUUCUUUGAAGCAAUAUGAGGUGUAUAGCUAGCGCAUGACUGAAAGAAGGUGUACAUAUACUAUGUAUGAUUUCUAGUUGCUGUGUUUCUAUGUUGUUUCCUAAUAUCUGGAUGUUUUUAAUGAGAUGUUCUAUUUUACAUGACGUAGAGGAAAGCCAACAUGACGUCACAUCUAACCUACCUACCGUGACCCUGAUGGUGAUAAAGGACGAAGCUAGCAGACCAUUAACUGCGUGGGUUCUCUCCAAGCACACCUACCCUAUGAUGAUUUUGUGUGUGCAUCUUCUCUUUGAACAAUCUUUGCUACGACCCGCCUGCCUUCAAUCAUGGAGGAAAAAAAAGAAAGUCUUCCCGGCUAAUUGAAACACUGCCACGUGCUGCCCGCACAGCGCCGCCAUGUUUUUACUGCCAGUUUUACACCAACGUGGCCGCUGAUGUGCACGCUUUCUCGUUCAAAUUCUUCUUCUUCUUCUUCUUCUUCUGCGUUGUAGUUGUUGUCGUUGUUGGCCGCGGGGGGGCGCCGCAGUGUCUUUCCACACCACACACGCCCACAUCAAGUGUUUUUCCACGCGUGCCUCAGCUCUCUGUGGUGGGACGAUGUCUGGAUGUGAAAAGGCACUGAAGCGAAGGAGCCAAGGAGUUAAUUGGCGCCAGGAAGCGAACCGAGCGUACAAGUUAAUGGUCUGCCCUCCCCAUCAGGUCAUUUAGUGCGCGUCCAAUUAGGGAAUCCACCAAAUCUGCCAGGAAGCUUUGCUAGCUUGAGGAGGACUUUGUAAAUGUUUUCAAUGUUCUUGUGAAGUUGCUAUAACGAACACGCUACUUGUCAUUCCAUAGGCGUCUCUGCCGACUGCUUGGUGUAUCACUGUGAUGCCGUGCGUGCGUAGACAUGUAGACUACUUUGUUACGUAGUGAUGUUGUAGCCGUUCACGCAAUUUUACCCCCCGGAGAGCGAGAGCACAGUGCAAUACGUGUGUGUGUGUGUGUGUGCGUGUGUGUGUGUGUGUGUGUGUGUGUGUGUGUGUGUGUGUGUGUGCGUGCGUGCGUGCGUGCGUGCGUGCGUGCGUGCGUGUGUGUGUUCGGGCCAUCUUCUCCACCGCAAGAAAAAAUUGAGGCGUAGAUUCCGGAGGGGCGACGAAGCAGCACACGUUGAUUCCAGUUUGUUUUUCUUCUUGCACACUGGUUCCAGUUUCAGGGAGUCCAAAACCCUUCAAAUGCAGUGUACAUAUUUCCAUAAUCUAUAUGUAGAGUCAAUAUAAAGUAUACUGUACGUGUCAUCCAUUUGACAUUCCAAUGUUGAAUGUACAGUACGGACUGUGUGUGUUGCUGUUCUUACUUUGCAAGUGAUGUACUACUUUGCAUUUUGAUUUUGUAAAGAAGAAAAGAGUAUUGCUUUCUAUUUUUCAACUUCCUUUCUAUCCUUUGGAGCGCAGCUGCGUUCUCUUGAUGGAGAGCAGCAAAGUGUGAGAGACAAUUGGUUGAAAUAUUCCAAAUGUGCACAAAUCAGGGGAUCCAGGGACGGGCUGGCAGUGCAGAACUUCUUGUGGUGGGGGAGGGGGGGACACGACAAAAUAAAAGCCAUUGAACUGCACAGCAACACAAAGCUCCUCUGGUGAUGAUUCCCUACCAAAGUAUGCACAAACAUUCCCCUUCCGCAUCCAAAUUCUUGUCCAAAGCAAAGCUGUGUGAAGCAUAGGAAGAUCCUCGUUGCCUUGGUGUUCUUGAAUAUUUGCUCUGUAAUUUCCUUACUCUUUUCUCCCGCCAUGAUCGCUUCAAACCUUUUUUUCAUUUCAUUCUUUGUUUUUUUUACGUCACGUUUUCCAGUUGCGUUACACUUUGUGUUGUGAUUCACGUUGUGGAGUUUUCUGACUGUUGUUCUAUAACUUCAUAUACACAAAUGAUCAAUAAAAAGGUUUUAUUUCCUGUUGA